AUGAGCGCCUUUUGCAUAUUUGGUUUAUUUUUAAAAACUUUUCAUCAAAACAAAACAACACGUCUUGCAUUUCAUUCUUUAGAACAACAAAUAUUAAAAUUGGCUUAAAUUUGCUUGAAAUUCCACAAUCAAUCAAAUUGUCGAGCGAAAAUCGAGAGACGAUAGACCGCAAAGAGUUUCCCGCCCAAAUGAGCGGCGUCUGAGAUUGUUCUUAUAAAAACAAAACAAUUGCGAAAUGCCCAUAGCGUCUUUUAAGUGCGUACGCGAAGUGAGCAGCGAAGAUGCGGUCCAUGUGGCCGAGAAUCUGCUGAAGGAGAGUGCCGGCAAAAAGUGGCGCACCAAAUCCGGCAACGAGAAGUCCGCCUAUGUGAUCCUGGAGUUCCAGGAGCCUCAGCAAAUCACAGGCAUCGACAUAGGCAACGAGCAUUCCGCUUUCAUCGAAGUUCUGGUCAGUCGCACCGGCUGCCAGGCGGACGAUUUCCGUGAGCUCCUCCUGUCCAGCUCGUUCAUGACUCCCAUUGAGAGCAAGAACUCGAGUAACCAAAAUCGCGUACGGUGCUUCAGUAGCCCCUCACUGGACCAGACAGCCCUGCCCGAGAAGUGGAAGCUGCUGAAGAUUGUGUGCACGCAGCCCUUCAAUCGGCAUGUCCAAUAUGGCAUAUCCUUUGUCAAGGUGCAUGUGGUGGCGGCUCCGACUCCAACUGCAGCUCCUGCCAAGGUCAAGAGUUUACUGCCCGAAAGGAUGAUGCAGUUUGGGGCUUUUAAGCUGCGCGAAGAAUCCCCAGACUCUGAGAACGACAGCCAGUUGACCAGGUUUCAGAGCUGGAAGAAGGAGUCGCAUCUGAAACAGCAGUCGCAGUCAGCACCUGCAACCACAGCGGCGGCCAUUAGGGAUGCCGGAUCCACGGCCCUGAAAAGACUCAGCCUGGGCAAGGUCUCCGCCAGCUUGCCCAAACCCUCGUCCAGCCCAUCGCCCGUUCCAAUUAAGGAUGGUGAAGCUAGCGACGUCAAGCCCUUGGAUCGUAAUAGAGCUUCAUUGCUGUUUGGUGAGGAUGACGAUGAUGCCUCCAACGUCGAAGAUGCCGAUGAGCAGAGUGCCAAAAAGCGACGACUAAGCAAGCAUUUGGAAGCAGAUAAGGAUCGCAGGCGACAGGAGCAGGAGCGGCAGCAAAAGGAGAAGGAGUGCAAAAAGGACAAGUCCAAGUCCAGACAUUCCCUGGACAAAUCUAAAUCAAAAGAUAACAAAUCCUCAGGCAAAGAGGAGGAGAAGCCGGACAGGAAGGAUAUGGAGAAAGGGAAAGAGAAAGAGAAGAAAGAGAGCAAGCCAGGAGCCAAGAGAGAGGAUAAGCAUGAGAGCCGGUCCAAGCACAGAGAAAACUCUAAGACCAGGGACAAUUCUCGGCCAUCGGCCCAAAAGCGUCUCUCCUCCUCGCCUACAAACACGCCAGCCAAAAAGCCCCGAAUUAAGGAUAAGGAUACGGAUCCCAUUAUCCAUUAUCGUCCUUUUAAUCAACUGCUCAGCGGCGUGGUUCUGGUGAUCAGCGGCAUACAGAAUCCCGAUCGUGCCGAUUUGCGUUCAAAGGCCACCGCUCUGGGGGCCAAAUACAAAGCGGACUGGGAGCCAGGAUGCACUCAUUUGAUUUGCGCCUUUAAAAACACUCCCAAAUACAAUCAGGUGAAGGGGAAGGGCAAGAUUGUCACACGAAGCUGGAUCGAGAAAUGCUAUAAUCUGCGAAAGUAUCUACCUUGGCGGCGCUACGCUUUGGACACCAACGAUCUGGGCCAGCCAGAAAGUGACGAGGAGCUGUGCGAUGAGGCCAGAAAGCCGAGCUCGCGUAGAGAGUCCAACGAGGAGGAGGAUGAUGAAACCAUCAAGGUGACUAACACCUAUGAUGCAGAUCCCAAGGAUAAGAAAAAGCUAAUUCAGAGUCAAGAAGAGGCAUCCUCAGGCAUCGACACGGAAGAUGAACUGCAGCGUGUGGCCGAUGAAAACCGUAAGAAAAAGGCCAAGCACAAGACUCUAAUUAAAGCGAAAUCCGAAGAGGAUAUAUACGAUGUCAGCACCGAGGAAGAGGAUUUUCUAGUGGAGAAAAAGAAACAGAUAAUUGUUGUCGAUUAAGUGUCAUAUUAUUUAAGGUACUUCCUUGGGUUUUUAAAGGUUUUUGAAAUAUGCCACAUAUUUAAUAAUUAAUUGUUUUUUUUUCUGUCCCUGUUAUUUUCGAGUCUUUCGAAUGCUGGCAAAUCCGUAGUGACAAUGUUUACAAAUAAAAUAAGAUGAUGAAUACGAAAA